UUUUAGUGAAAAAAGUUUAAAAGAGGUUGGUCUAGAGAAUCUUGAAUCACUCUGGUCUCUGCCACGUUCGCAUAAACAUACCAUCCGUUGUUCAUUUCUUGUGUGUUUCAGUCUAACAAAAAACAACUGCCAAAAUGUGUGACGAUGAACCCUCUGCCCUCGUCGUAGACAAUGGAUCUGGCAUGUGCAAGGCUGGUUUCGCUGGUGAUGACGCCCCUCGUGCUGUCUUCCCAUCCAUUGUUGGCCGUCCUCGCCAUCAAGGUGUGAUGGUAGGUAUGGGUCAGAAGGACUGCUAUGUUGGUGAUGAGGCUCAGAGCAAACGUGGUAUCCUCACUCUGAAGUAUCCCAUUGAACAUGGCAUUAUCACAAACUGGGACGACAUGGAAAAGGUGUGGCAUCACACCUUCUACAACGAGUUGCGUGUGGCUCCCGAGGAACACCCAGUAUUGUUGACCGAGGCCCCCUUGAAUCCAAAAGCCAAUCGCGAGAAGAUGACUCAAAUCAUGUUUGAAACAUUCAACUCACCUGCCAUGUAUGUCGCCAUCCAAGCCGUUUUGUCUCUAUACGCCUCCGGCCGUACCACCGGUAUUGUAUUGGACUCCGGUGAUGGUGUCUCGCACACUGUCCCCAUUUAUGAGGGAUACGCUUUGCCUCAUGCCAUCCUGCGUUUGGAUUUGGCUGGCCGCGACUUGACUGACUACUUGAUGAAAAUUUUGACCGAAAGAGGUUAUUCCUUCACCACUACAGCUGAACGCGAAAUCGUCAGGGACAUCAAGGAGAAAUUGUGCUAUGUCGCCCUGGACUUUGAACAAGAAAUGGCCACUGCUGCUGCUUCCACUUCAUUAGAAAAAUCAUACGAAUUGCCCGAUGGUCAAGUAAUUACCAUUGGCAACGAACGUUUCCGUUCCCCUGAAGCUCUCUUCCAACCAUCCUUCUUGGGCAUGGAGUCUUGCGGUAUUCACGAAACUGUUUACCAAUCCAUCAUGAAGUGUGAUGUCGACAUCCGUAAGGAUUUGUAUGCCAACAAUGUGCUGUCCGGUGGCACCACCAUGUACCCUGGUAUUGCUGAUCGCAUGCAAAAGGAGAUCACUGCCUUGGCUCCAUCCACCAUUAAGAUCAAGAUCAUUGCUCCACCAGAAAGAAAAUACUCCGUAUGGAUUGGUGGUUCCAUCCUGGCUUCAUUGUCCACCUUCCAGCAAAUGUGGAUUUCAAAACAGGAAUACGAUGAAUCUGGUCCCGGAAUUGUCCACCGUAAAUGCUUCUAAGUCCAAUUGCAAUUCAUUUAAGCGUAAAAGACACAAUGUAUCACUCACGACGCCAACACCGUCAUCUGAAAGCAGCGUUGUGAACAACGUCACCGACUUAAUGUCAAUGUCCUUUUUGUAUAUUUUUUGUUCAUUUUUGUUUUGUAAGUAAAUAAUAAAAAUAAUAUAUACAAUUA